UGAAUAAACUUAUAAUGAAGGGCAUACCAGCCUUUAAUUGAUAAACAAUAGUACCAGGGCCCGGUUGUUCAAAACUAUCGUACUUUAACGAGUCGUUAGCUUCUUAAUCUGCGUUAGUUAACGACUGUGUUAAAUGUUGUUGUUCAAACAUAUUUAACGCUGUCGUUAACUAACGCAAAAUGUUAAUCACUUAACAAGAAAAGUUAACACUAGCGACAGGUAGUUUCGCACUUUUUCCCACAAUCCACUUGGAUUCCUUGGCUGAAGAUACCCAAGAUGGCUGCAAAGCAGAGGGAAAGAAAACCUAAUUUUACAAGCUCUGAGAACAACUUGAUUAGUAGCAGGGCUAUAGAGAUGCUGGACACCAUUAGAGGCAGGCACUCUUAUGAUCUUUCUAAUACCAUGAAGCAGGACUUCUGGAAAUGUUUAACAGAAGAAGUGAAUGCCCUGGGGGUAGCCUGCAGGUCAGAAGAUGAAGUUAGGAACCGCUGGCAGAACAUGUCUCGCAGUGCGAAAGAGAAAUUUACAAACCAUCGCCUGGUGCGACAGAAGACUGGAGGAGGGCCUCCCCCAGCUGCGUUGAGCGUAGCUGAGGAGCAGAUAGUCGAUGCCAUGCAGGACACGGCAGCUUACAUUGGAGUCCCUGGUGGACAGGAGUCUGCUGUUACACAGCUUGAUGAGCACCUGAGCCACACACAGAACAUGUGAUUAGUCCAUCGACACUUGCACCCAAAAAUGGAAAUUUUUGGCUGACAUAAACACCCAUGUCCUUCACUUCAACUUCCCCUCCGAGACCGAGGGCUUCUAAGUUCUGACGACGAUACAUUCUGGAGGUCGGGUGAUAACUCGAUUAUAAACUAAGUCUAAAUGUUUCAAAACUAUAAAACUGCUGUUAAAAAUAUCGACUAUAGAUGUAACAAACCAUAUCUAGCCGUAUUAACAAAAAUCAUCUACAAGAUAAGAACGGUGUUUACAACAUUUACGUUAAUUGUCACACCAUU